UCCGCCGCCGCCUCUGCCAGGCUUCGCGGCGCUUCUUCACCGUCGCCUGGCGCCAGCACCCGGCUGCGGCCGGCCGCUGGUUCUGUACCAUGGAGCCCAGGAGUGCCCGCGACGGCGGCGGCGGCGGCGGCGGCGGGGGUAGCCCCGAGUUGGGCGGGAGCAAGCGGCUGAGCGUGGGGGAGCUGCGCUCGCUCUUCGAAGCUCGUUGCGCGACGGCCAGCGGGCAGCUGCCCGAGCCGGCCAGGAAGAGCUGCCGGCCGCCCCGCAAUGGGGUGCUGCCGCCGGUGAUCCCCCAACUGACCGUCACUCCCGAGGAGGACAGCGAGGAGGCGCAGCGCAGCCCCGCGGGGCUCCCUCGGGCCGAGCCGGACGGCGGCGCUUGGCUGACCACCGACAGCUCGUUGCACCUGCUGCAGUCCUCGCGGCGCCUCUCGACGUCGUCGCUCUCCUCCACCGGCUCGUCGUCGGUCUUCGAGGACUCCGAGGAUGACCUGCUCAGCGACACGGAGGGCAGGAGCCAGGGCAUCGUCCACCUGGAGCACGGCGAGGAAACGCACCAGAAAAAAGCAUGGCAGACCAUAAAAACAAUUGUUAAUUUGCCUGUCAUCAGCCCUUUCAAGAAGCGCUACUCCUGGGUACAGCUGGCUGGUCAUACAGGGAGUUUCAAGGCAGCUGACGGUGGGACAAUUUUGAAGCGCUAUUCUGACAAUGAGGAGAAAUGCUUUCAGCUGCUCAUGAAAGAUCCAUUGUGCUCCUGUGUCCCUGUGUUCCAUGGCAUGGUGGAGAGAGAUGGCGAGUCCUAUUUGCAACUGGAUGACCUUCUAGCAAAUUUUGAAGGGCCUUGUGUGAUGGACUGUAAGAUGGGAAUCAGGACAUACUUGGAGGAGGAAUUGAUUAAAGCACGAGAAAAACCCAAGCUGCGUAAGGACAUGUAUAAAAAGAUGAUUGAUGUGGACCCUCUGGCACCCACCGCUGAGGAGAACACACAGCGUGCAGUGACCAAACCUCGCUAUAUGCAGUGGAGGGAGACCAUCAGCUCCAGUGCAAAUUUAGGUUUCCGGAUUGAAGGGAUUAAGAAGGCUGAUGGUACGUGUAACACCAACUUCAAGACAACCAAGACGCGGGAACAAGUUCUGCAGGUUUUUUUAGAAUUCAUUAAGGGAGAUACAGCUAUACUGAAAAAAUACUUGAGCCGCCUGCAUGAAAUUCGUGGUAUUCUUGAAUCUUCUGACUUCUUUAAACGGCAUGAGGUGAUUGGAAGUUCAUUGCUAUUUGUGCAUGAUGAUAGUGGACGUGCCAACGUGUGGCUCAUUGAUUUUGGAAAGACUACCCUUCUCCCAGAUGGGCAGACCUUGGAUCACAGGAUCGCAUGGGAGGAAGGAAACCGGGAAGAUGGCUACUUAUUCGGACUGGACAAUUUGAUCAAUAUCUUAAGAAGUAUCUUGGAGAGAUGAAAGAGACUGACUCAAAGUCAAUAAAGGACCAGUCAAUAAGUUUUAAUUUUUCUAGAAUUUUUUUCAUUCAAAGAUAAGACUUUAAAAGCUUUUGCCAGACUCUGGGGACAUGAGGAACCAGGAGCCUAAAGCAAAAAUAGAAUAAAAUAGACAGCCAGAUUGUGGCAGUCACUGUCUUGAAACCCGAGGAAUCCAGGGAUAACCAUGAACGCACUGGGCUGGCUUAAGAUGUGUGCAGAUGCAGCAGAAUGAAUCCUGAGCCUUUGGACUUGGAAUCAAGACGCGUGGACAAAACCAUUCUACAUUGCCUUUAGUGAGCUAGAGUGAAAUUUCAUAGAAACACAUACGAAUGAAAAGAUCAGAAUUCUCCUCUUAAAGGAAUUA